AUGGUCCUGCAAGCUAUCCUGGCUCUGUCUGCACGGCAUGAUGCGAUCUUGGCCAACGAUAGUGACUGGGAGGCCUCGGCUUAUCACGGGCAAUGUUUGCAAUUAUUGAUUGCGGCAUUAGACCAAGCCGAAACAAAUUGCGACGAGAACAUGCUCAUUACGGUUGUGAUUCUUCGUAUAUAUGAGGAACUGGAGAACAAGACCGACCAAAAAUUUCAUCUGCUUGGGUCCAAUCGUUUGGUGAAUAUUGUCACCAGCUCUGCGUCCUCUGGCGGGGUGGCAGAGGCAGUGAGCUGGCAGUUUUUGCGACAAGCUAUAUAUGCAUCGGUGGUGCAGUAUCAGCCCUUGCAACUCGACAUGCAGAAUUAUGAGCGAUCUUCAAUGUUUCAUCAUGACGACGACGCUGCUUGCGCUAAUAGGAUCAUCUAUUAUUGCGCCCGUAUCUUACAACUGUGCUGCGAUGCACCCGGUUAUAUUGUGGGACAAGAUAACUGGCGCCAAAUAUCGGACAGCGUGAAAGAGUGGUAUCAAACCAAGCCCACAACUUGGCAACCUAUUCGGUACCAAGCUUCGAGUGUGGCUGCUGGUCAGCCUUUUCCUGAGAAAACCAUUGCCGACCAUCUGGUCGUGGUUAUCGGCCUGUCGCUGUCUAACGAAAGCGUCGAGAAUGCCUAUUUCAUGGCAUCACAUUUAUUACAUCGUUUUGGCUACUGUCUUCGGAAUGUAGUCGAGCAGCAAGGCUCGUUGCAAUUUCUGACUCGAGUAGAAAAGGUGCUGGGGUGGCGCACUUCAUGGAUGAUGCGGGAGCUGGAGCAUCAAUGGACUGAGUUGGCUGCAUUUGACUCUUGGGACCCCUGA